AUGCCGCUUUUGAUUGCUCAGCUUCGCGCCGAGCCUCGUCCAGUCGACUCGGUGGAACGGCAUGCCCCGAUUUCCGGCCCCCGGAGCUGCACCAAGAUCAUUUCUGUAUCGGGCAUCCUCUUGAAGUUCAACGCUCAGCACAACUGUCGAAAUCUUUCGUGCGCCAUUGAGACUCGACCUGACCCGGAUCAACAGACUGGAAGCCGGAAAGUCCUGGUGCAUAAAGAGACCAGCCGCUUUCUCAUCAACAUGCAUGCCUUGCACAACGUGCAUCUUCUGCGCGAGAUGCUUCCCCGGCAUCUCACCAUGCCGGAGCGUUAUUACACAGAAAUUGAGGCUCGCAUUGCGGCACAGGAUGAAGCUGCCGCUGUGCUUCAGAAGAUAGGCCCGGAAAAGCACGCACAAGCAACGGCAAGAUCACACGCAACGAGGGAGAAGAACUGA